GUCGCUUCGUGCGCUGACAGCCGGGCUCAGCCAGUCGGCUGGAAUUGAGUAGCAUUCAUUGAAUCUGCGGAUUUCAUGACGUCUCCCUGCGUGGUCCAUCACUUUUAUCCUAACCGGGGAUUUUUUUCUUCCUGCCACUCUUGCCUUUUCCCUCUUCCUUCCAGCCGGUCGCCCUCCCCGGUCCUACCGGAGCGCACGCCCCUCCGCCCCUCCUUCGGCCCCGGCGCCCAGCCCGCCUGCCCGCUCCUGGCCACAGGGAGCCAGUCCGAAGACGGCCGCACCUGGCUGGAGAGGCUGGGCGGGCGGAGGGGGCAUCCGCGGGACCCGGGCAGCUGGACCCAGACCUGGAUGACCCGCAAGGAGGAUGGAGUCUCCUAACAGCCUCUCGGGGCUGAUGUGAAAUCUGACCCUCUGAUCCCAGUUUUUCUUUUCCUUUUCUUUUUGUAUUUCCUUCCCUCGCCAUCCGUCGUGUAGUGGUUAUUAAACCUUGCUCCGGUCCAAGAGAGGAGAUCAUGAUUGAAUGACACCACCCCGUCCGCAGCAAGGAGAAGCACAAAGAAGAAACUACAGCAAUGGCCAAGUUGACAGAAUCCAUGACUAACGUCCUGGAGGGCGACUCCAUGGAUCAGGAUGUCGAGAGCCCUGUGGCCAUUCACCAGCCCAAGUUGCCUAAGCAGGCCAGGGACGACCUGCCGAGACACAUCAGCCGAGACCGGACCAAAAGGAAAAUCCAGAGGUACGUGAGGAAAGACGGAAAGUGCAACGUCCACCACGGCAACGUGAGGGAGACCUACCGCUACCUGACCGACAUCUUCACCACCCUAGUAGACCUAAAGUGGAGAUUCAACCUGUUGAUCUUCGUCAUGGUUUACACAGUGACGUGGCUCUUUUUUGGAAUGAUCUGGUGGUUAAUUGCAUACAUCCGAGGGGAUAUGGACCACAUAGAGGACCCCUCCUGGACUCCCUGUGUCACCAACCUUAACGGGUUCGUCUCUGCUUUUUUAUUCUCCAUAGAGACAGAAACCACCAUCGGUUAUGGCUACCGGGUCAUCACAGAUAAGUGCCCGGAGGGAAUUAUUCUCCUCCUAAUCCAGUCUGUGCUGGGGUCCAUUGUCAAUGCAUUCAUGGUGGGAUGCAUGUUUGUGAAAAUAUCUCAGCCCAAGAAGAGGGCAGAGACCCUGGUCUUUUCCACCCAUGCGGUGAUCUCCAUGCGGGAUGGGAAACUGUGCCUGAUGUUCCGGGUAGGGGACCUUAGGAAUUCCCACAUCGUGGAGGCUUCCAUCAGAGCCAAGUUGAUCAAAUCCAAACAGACUUCAGAGGGGGAGUUCAUCCCCCUGAACCAGACGGAUAUCAACGUAGGGUAUUACACUGGGGAUGACCGUCUGUUUCUGGUGUCACCGCUGAUCAUUAGCCACGAAAUUAACCAACAGAGUCCUUUCUGGGAGAUCUCCAAAGCCCAGCUGCCCAAAGAGGAACUGGAAAUUGUGGUCAUCCUAGAAGGAAUGGUGGAAGCCACAGGGAUGACAUGCCAAGCUCGGAGUUCCUACAUCACCAGUGAGAUCCUGUGGGGUUACCGGUUCACACCUGUCCUGACGCUGGAGGACGGGUUCUAUGAAGUUGACUACAACAGCUUCCAUGAGACCUAUGAGACCAGCACCCCGUCCCUUAGUGCCAAAGAGCUGGCCGAGUUAGCCAGCAGGGCAGAGCUGCCCCUGAGUUGGUCUGUGUCCAGCAAACUCAACCAACAUGCAGAAUUGGAGACUGAAGAGGAAGAAAAGAACCUCGAAGAGCAAACGGAAAGGAAUGGUGAUGUGGCUAACCUGGAGAAUGAAUCCAAAGUUUAGUGCCCUAGCGGGGCAGCUCCUCUCCCCUCCCCCGACACGAUCUCUCCUUGUCUAUCAUUCUCUUUCUUUUCUGUCUCUCUUACUUCCUUCUUUAUUUAUUUAUAUUUAAUUUUGACAUUACCAGAAAACAAAUCUUCAAGGUGUAAAAUAUCUACCUGCCCUUUCUCAGUUCUUUAGAUUGACAAGGUAGCCAUGGAUUUGGUGAAGGUGCAAUGUGCCCUCAUUUGUGGCCCGAGCCUGGUCUCCCCCCAAAAUGCCACCCAUCUAACUCCUGGAGAUUUAAGCUACUUACCUGCAUGUGUUGUACAAUACCAGAUCACUCAAAAGAGUGUGUCUAAGAUGUUACCUGGGAUGUGACAAGUAAGGUCUCUGGUGCCUAUUUAUUCAUGCAGUGAGACAUAAAGUAGAAUCCUCAAUUUUACAGAUCCCGAACCACUUCAUCCACUCCAGGGCGAGGUGCUUGCCCCACCCGGGCAUUGCAGUUAUAGGACCCAGGUAAGCUAAAGACAAACCACUGUACAUAUAUAUGCCUUAUGUAAUUAUUUUCUUUUUGCAGUUAGUAAUAAAACCCAGCAUGUACAAAAGUUACUGUAGAACAGAACUUCUAAAUAGUGUACAUAGAUGUAUCAUUAAUGUAGGUUUAGAUAUAUAACUUUAGAAAUAAGAAGCAAAAAAAAAAACAAAAAAAAAUGAUUCCUAACAUGCAGUAGUCAUUUCUGUUUUGAUGUCUGUGUUCUCCAGGUUACUUUGAGCCCGUCGACCGCUGGCUCUCCAGUGCAUGGCCUUUGUUCGUGUCCCAGACUGGCAGGCGUUAGGGUACCUCACUGCUCCCUCUCUGAUCCUCUCAUGAAAUCUAGUAAGCCAUAGAUAGGUCUGGGGAAAAUCACGAGGUCCAGUACAUGGCGAAACCCACCACUCAUACGCUGAUAUACUGUG